UUUGUUUUUGUUAUUGAUAAAUUACUGCAAAAACUAAAAUUGGCGGCUUUUAAUCAAUUUGUGAAAUUUGUUUUCUAUCAAUAAAGAAAUAAUUAAAAAGUGUAAGAGAAAAUAAUGCCUGAAUCUAUAAUUGCCGGUAUACCGGUAAAUUUUCCCUUCGAACCAUAUGAGGUACAACGUGCUUAUAUGGAAAAGGUGAUCCUGUGUUUACGUGACAGUACCAAUGGUGUCCUAGAAUCACCAACUGGUACUGGAAAAACAUUAAGUCUUCUUUGCUCUUCAUUAGCAUGGCUUCUGUCCAAGAAACAAGAAAUGAAGGCAAAUAUGCAGAAAACAAUACCGGGACCAGGUGAAAGUAGAAACGUGCCCGAAAUAAUGGAACAACUUGAAAUGAUAAAUCGUUCAAAAGGUAAAAGCAAUUGGGGUGUACCAAAAAUCAUUUAUGCCUCGCGUACCCAUUCACAAUUGACACAAGCUAUGCAGGAAUUGAAGAGAACUUCGUAUUCCUUUAUGAGAGCCGUGGUUUUGGGCUCCAGAGAUCAACUGUGUAUACAUCCCGAAGUCAUGCGCGAACAGGGCAAUGCGAAUAAAAUUCAAAUGUGCAAAUUACGUGUUCAAACGCGCACAUGUUCGUUUCAUUCACGCGUUGAGUCGCGAAAAGAUGAUCCCGAUUUUAGGGGACAUCCUAUUAUGGACAUUGAAGAUCUAGUGAAGGCAGGACAAAAACUUAAAAUGUGCCCGUAUUAUGCUUCAAAAGAAUUAGUGGAAGAUGCUGAUAUCGUAUUUAUGCCCUACAAUUAUCUAUUGGAUCCAUCGGCACGCAAAGCCAAUAAAAUUGAACUAUCCAAUGCCAUUUGUAUACUAGAUGAAGCGCAUAAUAUUGAGAAAAUAUGUGAAGAAUCAGCUUCUGUGCAAAUAAAAUCUUCGGAUGUUGCUAUGGCCAUAGAAGAUACCACCCACAUCAUGAAGGCCAUGAGUUCGGGAGAAAUGCACGAUACUGGAGACGAACAAAAAGAUUUUAAUCUUGAAGACUUGGCUUUACUUAAGGAAAUGCUUUUGGAGUUUGAAAAGGCCAUAGAUGAUAUCGUAGUGGAAAAUAAACAAGAUGGUGCCACAUUUCCAGCAUCAUACAUUUUUGAUUUGUUAGCACGAGCUAAUAUCUCUUAUGGUUCCUCAAAAACUGUUGUUGCCCUUUUAGACAAAUUGGUGCAAUUCAUGGCAAUUGAAUCACAAAGUAAUCAUUUACGCAAAGGCGGUAGUUAUCAAAAAUUAUCUGAUCUUUUGACUAUCGUUUUCAAUAACAAGGAGGAUACCAUACACAAGGUAUAUCGUAGUUUUAAAGUUCACGUACAGAUUGAGGAACCGAAACAGCAAUACUCUAAAGGCGCUAGCAAAGACGGUUGGUUGGCAAAAGGCAAUACAACAGCUACAUCUAAGUCAGCAAAAGUUAUAAAUUAUUGGUGUUUUAAUCCAGGAUUUGGAAUGGAACAGUUGUUAAAUACAAAUGUACGUAGUGUCAUCUUAACUAGUGGUACUCUGGCACCUUUGAAACCCCUCAUUGCUGAAUUGUCCAUACCGAUAGCCCAACGUUUGGAGAAUCCUCACAUUGUGCAAUCUUCACAGGUGUAUGUUAAAAUAAUAGGUUCCGGCCCAGAUCGCGAACAAUUGAUAUCAAACUAUCAAAAUCGUGAUAACCCUAAAUAUAUUAGUUCAUUGGGUUCUACUAUACUAAACGUUGCCCGCAUUGUGCCCGAUGGUUUGUUGGUCUUCUUUCCCUCGUAUCCUUUACUCAAUCAGUGUGUAAACUCAUGGCAAGCUUCUGGCUUAUGGGCUGAUAUUUCACGUUACAAACCCAUAUUUGUAGAGCCUAGAGGUAAAGACGAUUUUGUAACGACCAUGGAAUCAUUUUAUCAAAGCAUAAAAGAUUCAAAAGGAGCUUGCUUUAUGGCCGUUUGUCGUGGGAAAGUCUCCGAAGGUCUUGAUUUUGCCGAUCGCAAUGGACGUGCUGUUAUUAUAACCGGUUUACCGUUUCCCCCUUUGAAGGAUCCGAAAGUUAUUUUGAAAAGGAAAUAUUUAGAAGAUAAUCGCACAAAAGAAAAUGAGCUACUUACUGGUCAAGCGUGGUAUGCUUUGGAUGCUACACGUGCUGUUAAUCAGGCUAUAGGUCGUGUUAUACGUCAUCGUAAUGACUAUGGUGCCAUCUUGCUAUGUGACAUACGCUUUCAACAAUCAUCCCAAGUACAACAGCUAUCCAAAUGGAUACGUGAUAUUUUAGGAAAUGCACCUAAAAGUUCGGCAUUUGGUCCAGUAGUUAAAGAAUUAAGAGAUUUUUUCAAAAAUGCCGAGAAAAGUAUGCCUAAGCCCAAAGAGCGUUCUGUGGAAGCUUUGGUUAGCGAUACAUGUGAGGAGGCUGGUGCCGAAGUUGUACGUAGUAAAUAUUUUGCCGAUCCUAAGGAAAUAUUGGCUGCUAAGACAAAAUUCCAAAAUGCCCAUAACGAUGCCAUUAAAAUAGAAAAAACCAAUUUAAUACAAUCAUGGUCACCUAAUGACUAUGCAUCGGCUGCGGGACGGUCACGUAAUGGCAAAUUACCUAGUGCUAUGGAUUUUAUGAGUCGUUUAGAUUCUGAUGUUUCAGCUAUAGAUUUUAAUUCUUCGGCUGGUGGUAGCAGUUCUUCAUCAACAGGUUUGGUUAAAAUACAUAAACGAGAACGUAGUCCAUUCAAUCAAUCAACAUCGCCAAGUUCCAACAGUUCGGAAGUAGUCAAAAAGAAAAAAUACAAAUUAGUAGAGAAUAGUUUUAGCCCAAAACCCAGUCUGUCUGCAAUAUCAACAUCAUUAUCAUCAUCAUCGUCGUCGUCGUCCUCAUCUGCAACAACAUUAAAUUCGUUUGCGUUUAGUAAAACUCAAUUACACAGUGUGGACAAUAAAACAGCGCCUGAAGGCAGAGUUGAAUUUUUAAAAGUGUUACGCAGUGUUUUAUCUCCAGCUGAUUUUAGUGCUUUUACUGCCGCCUUAGUUUCCUAUAAACGCGAUGAUACCAUUGACGUUUUAUUGGAUCUUUUAUUUCGAUUAUUGGGUCAACCACAAUUAUUAUAUAUGUUGCGUGGCAUGAGACGAUUUCUAAAAAAUGAACAUCGAGCACAAUUUGAUAAGCGUAUUGAUGCUUUAACGUAGAUUUGUUUUACUUUAGGGUUAUCUCGGUUCUUAUUAGGUUUUUAUUUAAUUUUAAAGUAAUAUUAGAAUUUUAUAGGCUUCUUAUGUAUAAGUUUCUCUUACGGAAAAGCGAUAUUAUAAAAUAAAAUCAAAUAAAUAAAACAAACAAAAAUACUUAACUAAUAGUUACGUAUUUUUCUAUAUUUAGGAAUAUUAUGCUAUCCAAUGAUGUCAAAAGCUGUAUUUCUAACUGGAAGAAUACAUUUUUUAGGUCAAUUCUUGUUUUUUAAAAUACUGCGUUAAAAUACUUACGUUAAUGUCACGAAAGACCGCAUUUUGGCUUUUAUUAAUCGAUGUACAAACGUAUUUCCGAACACGUUGUCAAUGCUAUGUUUUUAAGCUGGUGAUCAAAUCUUUUAAUAAAAUGAUUAAAACUAAUUAUUUUUCUUAUUUGUUUUACAUUGCUACAUUUCUAAAUUUAAUUUAUUAAAUUCUUCAAUUUUAUUGGAUAAUAAAAUUCCAUUAUAAUGAGGGUUGUUGUCGUUUUUUUUUUAUUUAGUAUUAUGAUUUUCGAAAUUAAUUUAAAUACGAUACAAUAUUUAUUUCAGCUUUAGAACCACUGAACACCUUCGGAACUAUGUAUGUAUAUUCAUAAAUGUACAAUAUUCAAAAAAUAGUUCCCGUUUUUGUAACAUAAAUCUUAUUCAAAAAAUUCUGAAAUUGUUUGAACAUAUAGGACAAUAACACUCAUGAUAAAGGAAACAUAUUUUACAUAUUAAGAUAAUUAUUAUUAAAUAUACUAAUAAAUGUUAUAUGUAUAUCUCCCUUAUUUAUUAUUUAUUUUCUUAUUAACAUUAUGAUUAAUUAUAAAACAAAAAUGUCUUUCAAUCUAUUUCAAACUAAAUGGUUGCGAAAAUCUUAAUUAAAUUUAUUUAAACAAUAGUUUUAUUAUUUAGAAGAAUUUUAAAUUUAACCAGAAUUAAAAAAAAAAAAAUAAUUA